AUGCCGACUCCGAAGACAGAUUCAUUGGGCGAGAUCACAUCUAAGCUCAAAUACAUUGUUGAAGAUCAAGAUAUGAUCAAGAAUGUGAAAAUCGAAAACUGCAUUGGCUCUGUCAAAGUACCCGUCGGCCUUGCUGGCCCUCUGAGGAUCAGAGGAUCGGAUGGCACAGAUGGUAUCUUCCACGCCCCAUUGGCAACCUGCGAAGGUACAUUGGUAGCAAGUUGCGCCCGAGGGAGUAAGCUCUUCAGCUCUACCGGUGGAGUUCAAUUCAAAUUACUCCGAGACAACAUGACGAGGGCACCUAUCUUCUGUUUCUCCUGUGUGGAGGAUGCCGCAUCAUUUUACGACUCGAUACCUCAAUUCUUCCCUGAAUUCCGAGACGUCGCACAAUCUACCAGCAAAUAUGCGCGUCUUGUUAAAAUCACCCCUCAAAUCGUGGGAAGCACUGUUCACGUCAUGUUUGAGUACCACUGUGGAGAUGCCGCAGGUCAAAAUAUGGUCACGUUUGCUACUGAGAAAGUAUGUGAGCAUUUCGCUGCAUCCAGUGCAGCCCAGAAAUUGAAGCUCCAAAGAUUUUUCAUUGAGGGGAUGCUAGCCACAGAGAAAAGCCUCUCCUGGGGAAAUAUCUUACGCUCGCGCGGUGUAGCUGUUAUGGCGUGGGGAAAGAUCACCCAACAGGCCUGUCAAGAUAUUCUAGGCUGUUCUACUUGGGAAUUUUACCAGUUCUUACUGAAAAGCAAAGAGGCUGGUACUCGAAAUGGGCAACUGGGCUACAGCGCCAACCAAGCAAAUAUUGUGGCGGCAUUGUUCAUCGCAUGUGGACAAGACGCUGCCAGUGUGGCAGAAUCAGCCUGGAGCCAUUUAACUCUUGAAUUCGAUCGAGAAACCGAAGAACUUUGCGUGUCGAGCUAUUUCCCGAGUCUCCCAGUUGGAACUGUCGGCGGUGGUACUCUUUAUGAUGCGCAGAGAGAAGCAUUGGAGAUUCUCGGAUGCACUGGCCCAGGAUCUAAAGGUCGCCUGGCGGGCCUGAUCGCAUCAUUCGCUCUUGCUCUGGAUGUCAGCACAAUUGGCGCAGUCACCAACAAUACUUUUGCAGCUAGCCACUUCAAAUUUGGAAGGCCUGCUGGUAGCGCACAACCAAAGCUCUGA